UGCAUUGCGCAUACUUUCUUGAAGAGGUCAACACGGGUCAUCCGCUGCAGAUAUCUGAUGUUUCUGAAGAAAACAACUAAUUUCUGAUAUUUCUGGCAGGAAACCUGAAAUAUCUAUAAGUAUACUAACUUGCAUGAGGCUUGUUGCUGCUUGGUGGAGUAUUGCUUGUGCAUGAGAUGAACUAUGUUGAGUUCUAAAGAAGCACAGAAGAUAGUCGACCAAGUCGAUCUUCCAGAUGAUCCCCAUACACAGAUUUCCAGACUAUCCAAGCCUGAAAGACAGACCCUUAUCCAGCAGAAAACCAGUGAUGAAGCCCUGUGGGCAGCAGCAGUGGAGAUCCAGAGAGUCUGGAGGGGCCAUUUUGUCAGGUGUAAGUACUUUGCGCUCACCCACCCUGAUGAGAGUAAGCAGUGUGAGUACCAGGGCAGCAGGUUCCAGCACAGUGAGCAGGGACUGCGCGAUGUCAGGACACCUCCACAGGAGAUGGUGGUACCCAAAAGGGAUAAAUCCCUGCAGAGGAUGAAGCUGGAAACAGCCUAUAAGAACUAUGUGGAGGAGAUGGUGAGGCAGGGGAGGAACCUAGACAGGGCUGAGAUCUUCUCGUUUAAUGACUUCUGUGCAUCAGAGAUCCAGAAGGCGUGGCGGCGCUCUAACAAGGGGCGUGUCAUCAGCAAGCCUCUCAGCGCCAUGUCCAGCGGGAUGUCCUUCCUCAAGGACGAGGGGAAAACCGAACCGAUCAGCGAGAGGAAAGCUGCCAUGAAAAUUCAGCGGGCCUGGAGAAGGCACAUUGAUGUCCAAGUCUACAGAUAUUACAGGGACCUCAUCAACUUCAAGGGGAAGGGAGACCCGUCCAUGAUGCUGAGGUGUAUCAACCCUAACGAGUCGAAACUGCUGGACUCAGCCAUGGGGGCACAUGUCAAGUUUAGGCUGGCUGGGGAGAGAUUCCCACCAAACAUCUACUACAAGAUCUUCACCCACCGAACCAUCAUCGACCUGUGUGCCAACAGUCCCAAGGACUACACUAAAGCUGCCAUACUGAGAGUAGAGGCCAAACAGAGACACAACAGAACGAUACACAAACCCAUAGUGGAUGACAAGGUGGGCUGGUAUGAGAGAAUAGAGAACAAUGGCUGGAGACUUGUGUCUGACAGAUUACUACAGAAUGCCCAGCAGGACAUGAUUACAUGGGAAUCAUCCAGGAAGAAGGUGGACUUCCACCACAAUAAGUUGAGGAGAAAACAGGAUGUGGAGAAGAAGAGGAAGAAGAAAAAGGUGGAGUGGAUGAUGAAAAUGUACAAAGAGGGCAUGCUGCGCUCCAAGUCGACAGACUCGCACACCUCGACACUGAUCCAGGACGCAGCAAACGGGAUUGUACGCGUGGCCCAGGAGAAGGGACCCGACUCCAUCCAGGACUGGGAGGUCGAUGAACUCUUGGACUGGACCAACGGACUCAACUUUGACGAGUACAUGGACACAUGGAAGGAGAUUGGAACAAGUGCUGCAUCAGAGAGACAAAUAAAUAUCAUCUCGGCAGAUCCUGCGGCCUUUGCGCUGUCGUCUGUGGCACACCUGAUAGAUACACCGAAGGGCUCACGUGUGUCCGGGGCACAGAGUAAGCACCAGUCCCCCCACCCUGGGGCCAUGGACUCCCAUCCCCCCUCCAGACCCACCCCUGGUACACCUGAACCUGAGGCAUACUGAGCACCAGUCCCCACCCAGGGGUCGUGGACACCCCCUCCUCCAGACACCACCCACUCGAGACCCACCCCUGGUACACCUGAACCUGAGGCAUACUAAGCACUAGUCCCCCACCCAGGGGUCGUGGACACCCCCUCCUCCAGACCAACCCUUGGUAUAACUGAACCAGAGGAGAAAUCUUCAAUACUUAUUCUAAAUUAUGAGCUGUGAAAUAAAACAUCUAACGUUACUACCUUAGGCCAGAUAAUUGCCAGUACAUGUAUUAGAUGUACAUUGUGGAUAUUUAUACAUUCUUUCCACAGUGCUAUUGGUUGAGUGAUCACUGUUUGAAAAUGGGUUGUUUAUAAUAUUACCCCAUCAUGUAUGAGAUUUGUAGAAAUCUCCACACUUCAGCCACAGACUGUUGUAAACAUUGCUGUAAUAGUUCAAUCUGUAAAUUUGAGAAUAAUAUUUACAGGUCAAUGAAGACAUACAUAUGUAUAUACAUUUGAAGUUCUAGGUAUGACUUGAUACACAUCACUAUGCAAAGGCCUUGAUAAGUUUUGUCAAUGUGAUUUUGUAGAAAUGUCAAAUACUUCUCAACUCCUCAGCUCAGCAUCUUCAGUUUCCAGUACAGUUUAGAGCUAUUUAUAACCAAUAAGGAAAGUCUUUGUACAAUAUCUUCACAUGUAAAGGUUGUAUAUUUUGUUUGGAAAUUGAGGAAUCAUGCAUAGGUGGAAUGUGAUAGAAACUGUACUGGAUUAAAAACUUUCAGUGCAUAAUAAAGGCUGUGUCUCG